AUGUGCAGUAUAAAGGAAAACUAUAAAAACAUCGACGGAGGUGUGCCUCGACCGAACGUCGAAGACCCGCCUCUGAUGUUUCUGUGGGGCACCGAGAGCUGGGUAGACGUUUAUCACACGUACAACAAAGGAGUUCGAAACCUGGGAUACGGCGUCGAGUUGGACAAAGACUAUUUAAAUAGAUUUCAAGAAAGCGUUAAAUACUACGGUUUACAAAUAACCGACGGCAGCCUGCCGACCGCGUCGCACAAUGGGAUCGUAUCGUUUGUCGACGGCGACAAUUACAGAAUGCACGAACAGCUCUUGACGUGA